GACAUUGAGUUUGAUAUCAUUUUGAAAAUACAGAGGAGUGACAACUCUAACCAUCUCUUCACAUUCAGAGCUGACUGUUGGUAGUAACGUCUGUGUAGUGUGAACAGCUUUAAGGAGAAGGCGGAGUUGAGUUUCGAUCUCGUUAUCAGUAUUGAUAUGUGUGUAUCGACAGUAAAUAAGCCUCAGCCCCGCCCUUCAAACAGAGAGCGGUGACGUAUGUGGUCUCACCUGUAAAGGUAAAUGGCACGAGCAUACCGUCGUGCUUGCGGAUCUCUUAAACAUGAAACUGCGGAAGUUCACACUGCUUUCGAUCGCUCUCGGUUAGUUUUCAUUUCUCGCAUUAGUUAAGAGCUGGUCCUCGGCUAUGUGAGGAUAAAAGAAGAGAAACCGAUGUCAGUCUGCCUGAACUUAACUGAUCUGCUUUGGGAACUUUGAUGAGGAUGUUCUUCACUGAUCGAGAGGAAGAUAUGGCUCUGUUUGAGCUGGACAAUGGAAAUGAGCCUUUACUUCCAUCACAGCGUAACUUGCACCUUCCUCGAUUAUAUGACUAUGUCCUGGUGGCUGAUAAAGUGGAGGACAUGGAGGACCAAAUAUUUAAGAAGCAGGAUGCCUUUAUCUGCGAACUGAAACAGAAGAACAUUAAAGUGACUAGAAUUGAACAUGCUGGAAAGGUGUUCUUCGGUAUCUGUGCACCUGAGGAGAUUUUUGCAAAGUACAAGUACUUACUAAAGGUGUCUGAUGCCUGUAACUGGAGUGGAGAGCAAAAGUGUGACUUGUCUGUCUCAAUGUGCACCAGAAUCAGGAUUGUCUACUUUGUCUUGAACAAUACCUUUAUAGGAUCAGGAGAGGGCCUUAGAGACCUGUUGUGUCAAGGUGCUUUUGAGUCCAUCUUCUGUCUGCAUGAGAAAAAAGAGCAGAAAAAACUAAAGAAGAAGUGGGCAAGCUGGUUGGCAGUAAUGAAGCUUUUUCAACAGCCUGUCACUGAUAUCAAGGACUAUUUCGGGGAGAAAGUGGCACUGUAUUACCUGUGGCUGGGCUGGUACACACGCAUGCUUGUCCCUGCAGCUAUUAUCGGUAUUGUUGUGUUCUUGUACGGCCUUGCCUUCUUCAAUACAAGUCCGCUCAUUCAUGAAGUCUGUGACUCCGACAUCAUCAUGUGUCCAAGAUGUGACAUAAGAUGCAGCGUCUGGAACCUGUCUGACACCUGUACAUAUGCCAAGGUGAGCCAACUAUUUGACAAUGAAGGGACGGUGGCUUUUGCCAUGUUCAUGGCAAUUUGGGCAACCCUGUUCUUGGAGCUUUGGAAGAGACAUCGAGCUCUGCAUGUGUCGAAGUGGAAAGUGUUUGACUGGUGCGAGGAGGAGGAAGAAUUGAUUUUGGAGAUCGUAAAUAACCCCAAGUGUAAGCCAAAAGAGUUCAGACAUUCCUACCUGCGCAGCAUCGUGGUGCUUCUUUUGGUCACAUUAGUGCUGGUGGUGAUCAUAGGUCUGACCCACGCUCUGGUCAUCUGCCGUGUUUUAACUGCAAUAUUGUUGUCCCAAAGCAACUGGCACUUUCUGCGUGAUCAUUCCACCACAGUAGCCAUGUUAUCUGGAGCUGUGUUGCACUACAUUACUAUUCAGGUUAUGACUCGGGUCAACAAAAUUGUGGCCUUCAAACUGUGUGAGUUUGAAAAGCCCCGCUCUUUUGCAGCCACAGAGAAGCGCUUCACAGUGAAGAUGUUCACAUUUCAGUUCUUUACCCUCUUCUCAUCUCUAUUUUAUGUGGCAUUCUUUCUAGGAAGGUUCAAUGGACAUCCAGGAAACUAUGUUCGAAUAGCAGGGAAAUGGAGACUAGAAGAGUGUCAUCCAAGUGGCUGCCUUACAGAUCUCUUCAUCCAGAUGGCUGUUAUUCUGGUGCUCAAACAAACAAUCAACAACAUAUUCGAGUUCACAGUGCCCUGGUUAAAGCUGUGUCUUAAGCGGACGAAAGCCAAGACGAUGCGCAGAAAGUGUGGUAACUGUUACCGGAAGGCAUGUCGAGAUGAGGAGAGCAGCUUCGAAACAUGUGACCUCUGCAAGCUUCGUAACUGGAUGGAAAACUACGACCUGACUGAUGUUAAUGCUUUCAGCUUGUUUAAUGAGUUUUUGGAAAUGGUUCUUCAGUUCAGUUUCACCACCAUCUUUGUGGCUGCAUUCCCUCUGGCUCCCUUGUUGGCCCUUAUCAAUAACAUAUUUGAGAUCAGACUGGAUGCCAUCAAGAUGGUCAGCCUUGAGCGCCGUCUAGUGCCCAAAAAGACGAAUGACAUCGGUGUGUGGACUAGAAUAUUAGAAGCUGUUGGGGUGAUGGCUGUCAUUGCUAAUGGACUAGUGAUUGGGAUUUCCUCUGACUUCAUACCCCGUCUGGUGUAUCGUUACCAUUAUGGACCUUGUGCUACCAGCAAUAGUACAAGCCUGGACUGUAUGACAGGAUACAUCAACAACACUCUGGCAACAGCAUUCAUGUCCAAUGUGAAUGUCAAAGAAGACUUCAAGCACUUGCUAGAGAAAGGAUAUAAUAUUACGCAGUGCAGUUACAAAGACUACCGCAGUGAUGUAGACCAGAGUCUCACCUCUCAGUUUUGGCUCAUUCUGGCACUUCGCUUUGCCUUUGUUAUUCUGUUCGAGCAUGUAGUGGUGAUGUGCAAGUUUAUUGCAGCCUGGUUUAUACCUGACAGUCCUAUCAGAGUGAAGAAUGACAGGCUAGACGACAAACUGAGAAGACUGAAAAAGGAACUUGAGGAAGCAAAUACAAUAUAUAACAGCAGAUGCACUGAGGUGUGAACGAUGAAGGUUCAAAGCAGAUUCUUUUAUAUCAGAGAUUUGAAAACCUGACUUCCGUGUGCACAACAAGACUGACACAAGGAAGAUUUCUGUAUUUGAGAUCAUUAUCUCACUUUGUAUCCAUACGUGAGAUGUAUCUCUUCACUACUUUUAGAGCCAUUAUUGGAGCUUUGCUCUCUUUGCAGUUUACAGUUUUCCCUCAAGAUGAGUCAUAUUUGCUCUGCUUCAGAGGGAUACACCAUACAUUUUUUGGGGGUUGUAUCAUAAACUAAUUAUGUUUCUGAGCAAGGAAAGAAAAUUAGCUUUUUUAAAAAUUAAAAAAAAACUGUGAAAAUGUAAAAUCCGACAGUUGAUGUUUUUUUUUUUUUUUAUGAAACAAGCCUAAAAGUAUCCAUUAAUUUUGUUGCCAAAAUUUUUAUUUUACAAUGAUUCAUGUCGCCUAGAAGACUAUUUUAACAGGAUAUAUUUAUAUAUUUUGGUGUUUGCUUAUAAAAAGUAAGAAAGCUUCAAACUGUCUUUGGCUUUACUGACUUUUUAUGUAAAUCCAAAGACCUGAAUGUGACAUAAAGGAAAAAUACAGGAAGUUAUGCCAUUGUGUGAUAUGCUCUUUACAAUGCUGUCCAUGGCUUUUCUAAACAACUUUCUUUCUCAUUAAAUAUAAAUAUAUUUUGAUAUUGAAUUUUUUUAAUAUUGUCUUAUUGAUGUAUUCAUUAAUUUUGUUCCAGAAAUGAAGUAAUGGGGUGAAAUAAAUGUUGAUGUUGAAGUUGAAAUAAAACUGUCAACAUGUUUUCCUCCUUAAGGUGUCACUGCUGAGUUGCUUCAGACAAAGAAUGAGUGCUUGUAUUGCGCAAAGAGAUCACAUAGUUUCUUUUGGCCAAUGUGAUUUGUCUGUCAGUUGCUUAAAAUAAGCUAAAUUAUAUUACUUCCCCUUCAUAAUUUUGCAAGAAUUUAAUAGUAGAAAUAAUAAUAAAUGGAAUGUGAAGAAGGUUUGUGUAAACCUUCCUAAAAUAUCAAUAAAUCUUACUUUAAGUAUCUUCUAAUAAUAAUCCAUGAAAAGAUGAGUCAGCUGUGUCUUAUUUUGUAGCAGAACUUAUGCAUUCAUUCUUUUUAUAUAAAACAGCAACUUUUUUUAACUACUGCUUUCUCUAAGUGUUGCUGGGUCACACAUGGGGAACUGAGUAAUUUCAUGUGUGCAUAUUUCUGUGGCUGCGUUGGGCUUUUCUGUUCAGCCAAAUAUACUUGGCUCAUACCACUCAAACCAGAUAUGCAUAAAAUGUGGAGUGCCUUUGUAAUUUAGAGACAUUAAACGUCUCUUAAUCUUCCUUUUUAAUUACCAUUUUCCUCUUGCGGAUAAACUGCCUUGAAUUUUACUUCUGUCUUUGAGAAUUUUUUGUCUUUUUUUGUCUUUGAUGUUUAGAGAAUAAACAGAUAGAACCAUUUCUCUGUUCGGAAAAUGCUGCAGAAGAUCUUUAAAAACAAACAUCUCUCUGUUCCCUCCCUGUCUUCAUUCACUGAACUCUGUCUCUCCGAGUAAAGUCAGGCCAAAGCUGUUUGUCAGCGCUUUACAAUUCUGUCUCUAUAUUGAAGAGAGAGCUGUUUUGAUCAGUGGUGGCUCAGGAUGUUCCCAUGCACUCAACUAAAGACCACAACAAUUGUACACUGACCCAUAAUGCAUUCCAACCUGUCAGCCAUUAGCCUCAAGAAGCCUUCCAAAAAAAAAAAAAAUGAAGACAAAAACAGUCGAGUUUGCAUACACAAGACUUUUUUUGUAUCAGUUCCCAUGGAGAGUGCAUACUGUAUGUUCAACAUUAAUGCAUUUAUUUAUUCAUAAUUACUAUCAGAACAUUUUUGAUAAACAGCAUAAAGGCUAUAUAAAUAUGCUCUGAUGCAUACAUGGAU